AUUUCCACCCUCCUCCCCAAGCGCUUCAGCCACCCCCGAGGAGUCGCCAAUCGGCAGCCAGGCGGAGGGCUCAGCCGGAGGGGUGUUGUCUCGCCCCGCUGCCGCUGAUUGGAGGAUUCCCCUUCCCCAUAAGGCACCGUCUCCCCCCGGCUUCGCAGCAGCGGCGUCAGAAAUAGAAAGGGCGAGAGCCGGGCAGGGACGUGUGCCGGGCGCUCCUGCCAUCACUAGCCGCGGGAGGCCUCGCGAGUCCCUGAUCUCGACCGAUCCCGAGCCGCCGACCCCCGCAUCCAGCCCCUGCAAUCCCGAGGGACCCGAGGAAGCCGCCGGAGCAGCAGCGGUGGUGCCCCAGUGUAGCGAGGGGGGAGCGGCAGCAGCACGCACCGGGCCUGCAGCAAGGGGCCGCGGAGAGCAGGAUGGCGCUGGAUUUCCUAGCGGGAUGCGUUGGCGGGGCCGGGCUGGGCCCAUUGUCUCUGCCUGCGGUUGGAGGCUGGAGCGUGCGCGGAGCUGGUGCAGGAGCAGGAGGUGCUGCUGGCGUGCUAGUAGGACAUCCAUUUGACACUGUUAAGGUGCGCCUUCAAGUACAAAGUGUAGAGAAACCUCUCUACCGUGGGACCUACCAUUGCUUUCAAUCUAUCAUAAAGCAUGAAUCAGCAUUUGGACUUUAUAAAGGUAUUGGGUCACCAAUGAUGGGACUUACCUUCAUUAACGCACUUGUGUUUGGUGUUCAGGGAAACACAAUUCGUGCUCUCGGAAAAGACACUCCUCUAAACCAGUUUCUUGCAGGUUCGGCAGCAGGAGCCAUUCAGUGUGUGAUCUGCUGCCCUAUGGAGUUAGCUAAGACAAGAAUGCAGCUUCAGGGAACAGGUGAAUACAAUCUAAAGUCAAAGAAUUACAAGAAUUCUCUAGAUUGCUUGCUUAAAAUCUACCAAAAGGAAGGUUUGAGAGGCAUCAACAGGGGCAUGGUUUCCACAUUCCUAAGAGAGACACCGAGCUUUGGCUUUUACUUCCUGACGUAUGACUCUUUGACCAGAUACCUAGGCUGUGAAGUGGAGGACAGUUACAUCAUCCCCAAAUUGCUGUUGGCUGGAGGCAUGUCAGGAAUUGUAUCCUGGCUGUCUACCUAUCCUGUGGAUGUGAUCAAGUCCCGGCUUCAGGCAGAUGGAGUCAGAGGAGUUGUUCAAUACAAUGGAAUUCUGGACUGUGUUAGAAAAAGUUACCGUGAGGAAGGUUGGAGGGUGUUUACAAGGGGUCUUACUUCUACACUUCUCCGAGCUUUCCCUGUCAAUGCGGCUACUUUUGCCACUGUCACAGUGUUUCUUAUGUAUAUGAGGUCAGAAAAGAAUCUACGUGAAUGUGAGGCAGGUCCAGCCAUCCAGCAACCUUCAAGCUUGUGAAUUCAUUGUUCAGUAAUCUAACACAACUGUUACAUGUUUAUUCUCUGGAGUUCUUGUUACAGGGCUUACUUUUGUAAACAUUUUACCUAUAGAAAUUGUGUAAAUAAAUUUUAUCUGGAUAAAGGCUGUUACUUAGGAUUUCAUCUCAUCACUUCUGUAAGCAGCUUAUUGCCUUUUUUAAUCAAUGUGUUAAUCCACACAAUGUAGGGAUCUGACUUUAGAAACAUACUGUACAGAUGCUGCUGCUCUAUUGCUGCGUAUGGUCUGGAGAACCUUGUAGUACCAGAAACCAGGCUUUCUUCCAAUCAUGUUUUGAAUGACCAAGUGGAUCAUAUUGUUUUGAAUACAAAAAAAUGCUCUUUUGUAUUUGAUUGGGACACCUGUAGCCUUCAUAAAAGUCAUAGUUUACUAUGCUGGAGAUGUUACUGGGAACUCUUAAAUGUUUAAGACAUGGAGUAGCCUUCAGCUAGCCACAUCUUUCUCCUUGGUUUUUGUAAGUGAGUUUAGUUAAGUAAUUUCUCUCUCUUCCUUCUAUACACAGAUGUAUUUCUUGUUUCAUUGUGCUUAAAAGGAGCAUUUGAACCCCACCUACAUUUGUUUCUUUAAAUUGCAGAGUUAAAGAGACUCAAGGCAAGUGAGGUUGAUGGAAUGAUUUGCUUUUACUUUCAACUUUAUUCAUUUUGUGUGUGUGCAUGGAAUGUGUUAACUAGCUUUAGUGCAAGCAGCUUUUGCUCUUCUGGAGAGGUUUAUGUAACUACAUGUCACUGCUCACCAUUCUCCAGACAGGCAAUAUGGCAGUCAGUGAUGUGUAAUACAAAGUCCUUUCUUUGUUACUGCUCAAAUUGUUAAACUGUUGGGUCAUCACUGCUAUACCUUUUUUUUUAUAAUGGUGAAAAUAUACAGGCAUAGAGGGGGAGGUUCCAUAUGCCAGUGUGGAGUAAUGGAUAGGAGUGUAGUGCUGAAAUGCCUAAGAAAGGGGAAUAUUGGUAUUAUUAAGUUCUUAUAUUACACUGUCCUGACUUUUUGUAUUUGGUUACAGUACAUUGGGAUAAAAUCAUGCUGAAAAGAGUUCUGGAGAACCUUUUGUAACAUUCUCCAACUGUUAUAUUUAUAGCAGUAUUCCCAAAAGGGAUUACUUCAGUGGCUUUGAACAAAAUUAUUAAUUUUUGGAUAAGACCCACGACUGCUUGGGACAAACAGGUGGAGGGGAAGGGGAAGCAUGUUAAAAGCAUCGAGCUUGCUCAGUAAGAGAGUGGAUGUUGAACAUGUUACACUUCUUCUUGGGACAGGUGCAAUAUGUUUACACUUUU